AUGAAAAUCUCCCAGCAUCUAAAAACACUUUUUAUAAUCCUUAAUGUUAUUUUAUGUUGCCAUGGAGAUUUGAAAGCUGGAUAUUCUUCCAUACAAUAUGGCUACAGACUUCUGUAUAGACUUAUAGAAUCUUACGUGAACUAUAGCAUACUGGACUGUGUAGAAGAGUGUCUGAGAACGAAAAGGUGCAGAUCGGUCAAUUAUUACAAAGGCGCCAACUUCUGUGAAAUAAAUUUUAGAAGAAAAGAAAAUAAUCAAAAGCUCUACAGAGAGGCUUCGGGCUGGUUAUACACUGACAUACAGUACUGGGAUAAGGUUCUCGCGGGAUCUUGUGCAGGACCACCCUGUAAAAAAAACUAUGAAAAAUGCAUCCCCAAACCUUUUGGACAAUAUGAAUGCGUUUUGUCAGAUUGUGGGAUCCCUGUCAAUAAAAUUAAUACUACGUGGGAUGUACAUGAAUGGGACGGAAUUGGAAUAAGAAAACGAAUACAUAUUAAAUGCUUGGAAUCCUUUAAACAGCGAGGAUCCGGAAUGAUCGUGUGCCAUAAAAAUGGGACCUGGAUAACGGAUUUGGUUUGUCAAGCUAAAGACUGUAUGGGCCUUCGUGAAAAUGGCCAUACUGAUUCCGGUGUAUACGAGAUUUACCCCUUUGGUACCGACCCCCGUCCUGUCAGAGUGUACUGUGACAUGAACACAAUGGGAGGAGGCUGGACGGCAAUCCAAAAUCGUGUUAAUGGAUCCGUGAGCUUUGAGAGAAUCUGGGAUGAAUACAAGAAGGGAUUCGGUGAUGCGGGACAAGAUUUCUGGAUCGGUAAUUAUUAA